AUGUGUUAUAUUAUUCUUUUCAAAUAAUCACCUUUGUAAUUAUACUAAAACAAUUAUUCGCCUCAGGCUCGGUGAAUAUCGCUGAAUAAAAACCUCGACUUCGUCUCGGUUUUUAUUCAGCGAUAUUCACCUCGCCUUCGGCGAAUAAUUGUUAAAUAACACAGAUGCAUUAAUUAAGUAUAAUAAAACAAAUCCAUUAAUUAAGCAUAAUAGCUGUUUUACGAAAUUGAGAGCAAUUUCAUAUCUGUUCAGUUUCUUUAUACAGCCUGCAUAGUGAAAGGUGGGGGAGGUCGAAACAUAUUGUAAUACACACUUCAAACAUAACCGAUGUUGGAGAAGCAAUAAAACCCAGUUCUCAACCUUCAGAAGUAGGAUUAAAUAGCUUUACUAAUUUAUAUCAGGGUUUUGAGGGCAUUUCGCUCGUUACAACUAAUAUCGAUAGAAAAUUUUAUGCAUUUAUUAGAUCAAACGACGAGGGUAUAAAUGAACUUGCGAUCUGAGCUCGACAACUGCAUGGACUCUAUAACUCAGUUGAAUAGAGCGCUUCACCGGAAUCAAAGGGCCGCAAAUUUUAUUCUUAUCAGAUGGAUUCGCAAAUGCUUCUGGUUAGAUCUAAUAAAUGAAUAAAACAUACACUCGAAGUUUCUAUAAACAACACUUUUCAACAAUUACUUUUGGUACUUGUUACUCAAAUUAUUAGUUUGGAGUCAAUUUAUCCCAUGCAAAUAAAUAUACUAUUUUUGUUCAGACAAUGCAACAUCUGAUGAUUCUCGCACAGUAAUUAUAGCGAUAACAGUUGGUGCCGCUCUACUUCUUUGCUUGGUGCUUAUUGCCUUACUGGUGAAAUGCAAACGACGGAGAAAGACUUCAAAUUUAUCAAUUCCUGUGAAUAUUUCAUUGGAGACAACUGAAACUUCACCAGAACCACUGCCAGUUUAUGAGGUAAAUUAUUGAUGGUGAUGGAUAUGGCGACACAGUAAAUGGUCACUAUACAAAUGGACAUCUAAAAAGAACAGUUCAGAAGUGUAGCGCUAAUUUAGUUUAGAUUUAUUUUUGAUUUAAUAAAUCCGUACGCUAGCGGUGGACGGGCGUUUCUGCCACAGAAAAAUAAAGUUGGCAAUUUUUAAACGUAAACUUGGCCAAAAUAUGGGGCAAAUAAAUCGAAAAGCAACAGAUAUGCAUGAUAUAGUCGAAAAUGAAAGAAAUAUUGAAUGUAGACUAAAUUUAUUUUAAACUCUUCGAGAACCCUCUCCCCUAGGGAUUGAUAAGUCGAACAAAAUGAAACAAAGUCCGCCAAAUGUUUUUCUACUACCGCCCUCAUUUUUUUCUUUCUUGUACGCGUAUGUGUUCCACCACUGGAUCAAUAAGAAGUGACUGUUAUUAGACCACUAGGAAGAACAGUUUCGAACUGCUAGAGCUACCCAGUAUAAAUAAAGUUAGUUUAUUUUACUUUUCAUUCAGUGGUAACACUGUACGAAUAGCAGAUCAGCGUCACCAAGCCUCCAAAGAAAACAAUUAAAACUGGUAAAGCUAUCUAGUAUAAUUAUUGUGCAAAGCUAUACUUUAGUUUGCACUAAAACUUCGAGGAUUUUCAUCCAAUUUUUCCAGUUUUGCUCCUUUGUAUAAGACAACUCUUAGCCUGUAGUAGUCAAACACGUGUGUCAUGAGUGAAUUGGGCAAAAACUGUAAUCGUUAUUAAAUAAAUCGUAAUCAUUCUUAUUAAUAACAGGAGCCAGGUUACGAAACUGCCGCAAGUGUUAAUCUAGAGUUUUACGAUGACGUGGCUACAAAUGCAAACAAAUCUGAAGGCACAUCAGCUCAAGGUCAGUGAUAUGUUUAAAAUUCCACUAACCUUUAUGUGCGUAGUAUAAUUUGCUUAUCUCAAGGAAAAAGUAAUAUGUCAUGGUUGAAAAUAAACUAAUUUUGGUAAUUGUUUUCAAAACCUUGUUCCCAGGGGAUUUUGUUACCACGGCCGAAGGUCAGCGAGAAUGGUCCUGGGAUCGGCUGAUCCAUUCUACAAUCCCAUGCAUUGUUUUCUACAAAAACGCAUUAAUUCUUUUGCAGGAUAAUUUAUUAAAACAACUCUAGUGCCUUGUUUUCAAAUUACGCAUUAAAAUUAAGAAAAUAGCAAGAGUAUGUGUAGUAAAGAUUCACUUACUUCCUACAUGGGCCGUGCUAUAAAAAUGAAGUAUUAUGCAAGCAUACCGCUCAUAAAAUAACGUCUUUAGAUGUAUAAGUUGGCAAAUAGUUUAUUACUUUACCAUUAUUAUUCUUAAAAAAAAACAAGAAAAAUUUAAUAUCUCAUGAACUAUCCUAUCAAAACACCGAACAAUUCUGGGUGUCAUCUGUUUAGCCGAUACUAGGGAUAUUUUGCAGGCCUUCAGCUAUGUUGAAGGGUUUGUUUUGUUUUUGGAAGGAAGUGUUUGUCAUCUGACUAGCCGAUAUUAGGGACAUUUUUGCCGGCCUUCAGCUAUGUUGAAGGGUGAACGAUGGUUUGUUGUUCUCAACAGUUAUUCACUCUCAUAAACGUUUGGGGCUGACUGCCGACUUUGGGCUGGUUUACGUUUUAAGAUGAGUUUAUGAGGGUUUUGUCUACGCUUGGCAAAAUCCAUUCAACUUUCAUAAAAGGUUCAGCUGACGCAAAUUGCAAUGGAAUUUGAUGAGAGUUCCCGCUACGUGCUAAAAUAUCGUGUGAACUGUCAUGCAGUUCUUGUUUUCACUGCAGACUCUCGUUGGCAGUUCUCCUGAACUUACACGCUUGUUUGAUAAUGGCUUUGUAAUGUUUUGUUUCUACAGACAAGAUAUCAAAUUACGAAGGGGUUGAAGUACAGUCAGAAUAUGAAACUCCGGAAGAAAAUGAAACUCCGGAAGAAAAUGAAACUUAUGAAGAAUCCAAAAUGUCGCAGGAAAUUUCUGGUUACAAUGAGCUUGAUCAGAACGGCAGAAACACAACGGAUGAUUCCACUUACCAGAAACUAGUAAAGCGAGAUUAUGUUAUAUAUACCUGCUCGUGAAAGAAGAAAGUCAUACAAAGACAUAAAAUUUGGAAGAAACUUACCAGGCUGCAAAGAGCUGGAUCAAAGUCAACGUGUUGCCGAGAAGUAUCCUGCUUACCACAAGUUGUUGAAAACCUGGACUUGUUAAACUGCGCACCUAAAGAAAAAUGGCAUGAAAAAUUAAGAUAUUCUUAUUGGAAAAAACCUCAAUUAAUUUUAGAAAUACUUUGACAAGAGAUAUUCUGUGUUUCACUCUAUUUUCGACCUAAUUCAUUGCAGUUUUUGUGCAUGACAUCACAACUUGGGUUACGAAGUGAAAUAAAACUUCUGCCACGAACAUUUGUUUCCACCGUUGCCCUCAAAUGUUAAACUUAAAUACAGUAAUUAUCUACUAUUGUUUCAAUUAAAACAAAAGGUUCGUUUUAUCAUUUUUAUUAUAUUUUAAUUUUUAAGUGUCUAGCCCGGUUGUGACGUCAUUCAAUUAGAUCUAAUUAGAAAACAAGAGAGUUCCCAAGAGAAUUUUUAAAAUAUUUGUAAAUAAUGUUAACUUUUUCAUAUUUGGCAAACAUACUUUUGUCGCCAUUUAACGUUAAAACAUAUUCGAUAAUAACAACCUUUACCGCAUGUCUAUUUAAUAUAUCAAAACAU